AUGCCGGGAACGAACCGAUUCUUUGUCCCCCGUUGCCCGUUGCUGGUUCGCAUCGCAGAUGUCCCCGUUUUGCCGGUUCCGAUCGAUCGAUCGAUCGGCGUGAUGAUCGACCGUAGCGUUCCCGACGUUUUCGCAGGGCUGUGGCCCAAAACCGCCCCAUCCACUCCGGACACACACUCGGGUCGGCGGCAAGCCAACAGAGUCUACCGCACCGGUCCGAACGGCUAA